CAUGCCGGGAGCUGCGGGGCGGGACCGGCCGCUCGAACGGCCGCGCCGGGGCCGCCCGGGGGGAUCCCGGCGGCGGCUGGAGCUGGGCGGGCAUCCCCCGACUCCCGGAGCUGGGCUGGCAUCUCCGCAGCGGCGGGGGCGGCGCAGAGUUUCUUUUCUCUGUUAAGUCAGCUCCCAGUUUCUGAGUGCAAAAUAUUUGGCAGUAUAUCCAAGGGGAGAGAAUCAUUGGUGGUGCUGGUUCUGAGCAUAAGGAGUUUUGAGACUGGCUGAUUUCUCAGGAGCAAGAAUCAACAUUUCAACAGCUGAUGGACUUAGAGCUCCUGAAGAGGCUGCGCCAGGCCAGCCAGGACCUUCUGCAAAGGCUGAGAAUGAAGCAGGAGGAGAUCAGAAAGGGACUUCCCAGCAAGCAGCUCCUUCCAGCAUCUCUUCAUGGCAGCACAGCUGCUGAGAGAUGGAUCCCCUUGCCCAGGAGAGUGAAGGAAAAUCCAGUCGAUGCAGUAAAACCUACAGCUGACCCUGGUAAAAUGGUGUCUGUGGAACCCAGAGCUGGCCCAGCCCUCAGUUCAUCUCUUCAACACAGCAGCAGUGCCACAGGGGUACAGCAACAACAAGGGAAGACACAGGAAGGAGCAGGUUUCCAUUCCAACUUUCCUGGGAAAGAGAAGAAUGUUAUGCCAGCAUCUGCAGUCAUUACGUGUGGCAGAGAAAUCUCCAGAGUGGAUGGGGAUGGUGGUGCUCAAGGAAGUCCAGAGAAAGAAUCCUUCUCCCUGGGACAUGGAGAGAACAGAAAACAAUCUGCUCUGCUGCGUGGUUUCCAUGAGAAAAGUCAUCCGGGGCCAUCACUGAGCAGAGUGCAAAAUAAAGAGACCAGUGAGCAGCAUGUGGUCAUCAGAGAGCCCCAGAUCCCUAAAUCAGUCUUGCUGAUGUCUCAGUCCAAAGACUUGAAGAAGGAAGCUCGUCAUGUGACUUUUCAGCUUGACCCUGAAGAAGAUGCCAUACCUGCCAGCAGCUGGUCUGCCUGUCCUUUCCUGGGCUAUGACUGGUUUGCAGGGCUUCUUGAUACAAAGUCUUCAGUAACAGAAAAAUCUGAGCAAUACUUCACUGAGCUGCACAAGUUCCGACAGUCCAACAGAGAGACCUGUAUUCAUCAGCAGCACGUGGAGCCCAAGGCUCUGGAUUGCACAGGUCCUGAACAAGAAGUGGAUUUGUUAACUGAUUCUCACAAGUGUGUUUACUGUUACAGAUUAAACCAGCGCCUCUUUACCGUCCCUGUGGAUUCAGAAUCUGCCUGCCCUGUGUGUAAGAUCCCACGUGCCCACCAGCCCCCAGGGACACUGGAGGAGCCAACCUGUGUCAGGGUCAGCAUUCCCAGGUCUGCCCUUCUGCCAGCCUACAAGUACAAAGCCCAUCGCAGGAGGAGCUUGGAGCCGGCAGAUGACCUCGCGCUGCCUUCGCAUUGCCUGGCUGGCUGGGAAAACCUGGUUCCUUCCAGCAGCACCCUGCUGAGCAGUUUGGAUCUGCGAGCCUCACUGGAAGAGAAGCCUUCUCCCUGUCCUCACCUGGACUCAGUGUCCAGAGUGUCAGGAGAAGCCAGAACUGACAAGUUUCUACACCUGCCUCACCUGAGGUGUAGCAGAGCAAACCGGGACACCAGACAGCAGCUCUCAGUUCAGACCCCACUCCCUCAACACUCUGGAUCAUGACUUGUUUGUCCUGGGGAAGGGAUGGGCACAGCACGUGGAAACAACUGAGAAACAAAGCAGUUUGGAUAAAAAUAAACCUUUGGACAGAUUUUCCCCA